UCACAGAGGGCAGAGGCGUUACAUCUUUUUGUUGUACUUACAAUGGCAUUUUUAGACCUUGCUCAGAAACACUCACUCGGGGCUCGGCAGACCAGACAAGGCUACCGCACGAAGCACGUGCGCAAUCCAUGCCUUUGUUGGUUACCCGGAAACAAUUCGAAGGCUUUUGGCGUCUCGCGACGCAACAUGGCAAUUGCUAUUUCAAACCCCCCACUUCACUGCCAACAAUCUAACACACCUCUUACCAUCCCCACAACAUUCCACAACUUCCGUCAUGACUACCGAGGUUUCUGAAAUUGGAGAUCUUCUCAACAGAUCCCUGAUUCCUUCGGAGAACAAACAGGCCGAGAAGUACCUACGAGCGAUCGAAACCCAGCCUGGAUUCGCAUUGAAACUACUGCAGCUUGUUGCGUCCGAUGCACCGCAAAUGAACACUCGCCUCAUGGGCGCCCUCUACUUCAAGAACUUCAUCGGCAGAACGUGGACGGAUGAAGAAGGUGUACACAAGCUGCCGGCGAGCGACGUCAUUGCGAUCAAGAGCGAGAUCAUCGGACUCAUGAUCUCGGUGCCGACGAAUCUCCAGGUACAGCUCGGAGAAGCAGUCAGCAUCAUUGCGGAGAGUGACUUCUUUGAGCGAUGGGACACACUUGUCGAGGACCUCGUUUCGCGAUUGACCCGCGACAACCCCAAAGUGAACAACGGAGUCCUCCAGGUCGCGCAUGCCAUCUUCAAGCGGUGGCGACCUCUAUUCCGCUCCGACAACCUCUUCACCGAAAUCAACCAUGUACUGGAGCGAUUUACUGCUCCAUUCCUCGAGGUUUUCCAAAAUACCGAUGGUCUGAUCACCCAAAAUGCCAACAACAAGGCUGCUCUCAAGGAGCUCUUCCAGACACUGACCUUGGUCGUGAAACUCUCUUUCGAUCUCAACUGCCAGGAUUUGGCACCUGUCUUCGAGGAGAACCUUCCAACCAUCAUGAACAUCUUCCACAAAUACCUCACAUACAAGAAUCCGUUGCUAGAGACGGACGAUGACGAUGAAGCUGGGCCACUCGAACGAACAAAGAGUGGGAUCUGCGAACUUCUCGUACUUUUCGCUGGGAAAUACGAGGACGUAUUUGACAACAUGCUGCAGAACUUUGUCAAUUCUACUUGGGCACUUCUCACGGAGCUAGGCCCUGAGCCCAAAAACGACAUUCUCGUCAGCAAUGCUCUGCAUUUCCUGACCGCGGUCGCAAGAUCGCCUAAACACGCGCAGAACUUCAACUCGGAAGCCAUUUUGACACAGGUGGUGGAGAAGAUCGUCCUCCCCAACAUGGCUCUACGUCCUUCCGACAUUGAACUGUUCGAAGAUGACCCAAUCGAGUUCAUCCGAAGGGAUCUAGAAGGGUCAGAUAGCGAUACUAGGAGACGCUCUGCCACUGAUUUCCUCCGCCAGUUGCUUGACCAGUUUGAAGAGUUGGUCACUGGGGUGGUGGGGAAGUACAUCACUCACUAUCUCCAGGAGUACAGCGCAAAGCCUGUGGAGAACUGGCAAUCAAAGGAUACCGCAUUGUAUCUGUUUGCCUCCAUUGCGGCUCGGGGAUCAACUGAGCGAAAGGGUGUUGUCCAUACUAACGUGCUCCUGGAUGUCGUUCAAUUCUUCCAGAAUAAUGUUGCUGCCGACCUUGUAGCGUCGGCCGACGCUGUUCACCCAAUCCUCAAGGUUGAUGCCAUCAAAUACUUGUACACUUUUAGAAGUCAAUUGACCAAGGCUCAUCUGCACGAUGCGUUCCCCUUGCUUGCCAACCAUAUGGCCUCCGAAAACUACGUGGUCUACACCUACACAGCGGUUACCAUCGAUCGCCUGCUUGCCAUGACCGUCGAGGGUGUGCCAGUGUUCAGUUCUCAGGAUGUCAACCCACACGCAAAGAACAUCUUGUCUCACCUUUUCCGACUGAUCGAGCAAGGCGAGACUCCCGAAAAGAUCGCGGAGAACGAGUUCUUAAUGCGCUGUGUCAUGAGGAUAUUGAUUGUUUCGCGAGACGCUACCGGUCCACUUGCGGAAUUCGUUCUCACCGAACUGUCGAAGAUCACGGCAGAAACCAGCAAGAACCCGAGUAACCCGAGAUUCAACCACUACACCUUCGAGAGCUUGGGUGCUAUCAUCAGGUUUGCCGCUCCAUCAAAUCCCGAGAGCUUGGAGAACGCCCUGCACGACCCAUUCAUGUCCAUCCUUGGAAAUGACGUUACUGAAUUCAUCCCAUACGUCUUCCAACUUCUUGCGUUGCUUUUGGAGAGUAACCCCCAAGCGCCACUGCCUCAGAGAUACAAGGACCUCGUUGGCCCUCUCCUUACACCAGCCUUGUGGGAAUCGCGAGGCAAUUCUCCUGCAUUGGUCCGCCUACUUCAGGCGAUCAUGGCGCGCGGAGUGAGUGUGAUCACCGAAAAUAACCAGCUCACCCCUAUCCUCGGUAUCUUCCAGAAGCUUGUGUCAUCCAAGAUUACGGAAUCCCAAGCCUUUGACCUUCUGGAGUCGCUGUUCACCUACUUCCCUGCCGCUGCUCUUCAGCCGUACAUGAAGGACAUCUUCAUCAUUCUUCUCACUCGUCUGAACGGCUCCAAGACCGAGGUCUUGGCACAGAGGUUCGCGCGCCUCUUCCACUUCCUCUCUGGUAAGGAAGAGGUCGGCCCCGACUUUGUCAUUCGGGCAAUCGACUCCGUGCAGAGCGGUAUCUUCGGUCAACUAUACACCGCCAUCUUGCUUCCCGACACACAGAAGCUCAGCCGACCAGCCGACCGCAAGAUCGCCGUCGCAGGAUUGACACAGCUGAUCGGCUCCUCGGAAGGCUUGGCGGGACCAUACCACACGGCCUGGGCCAGUACGGUGACGGCGCUUCUCAAAAUCCUCGAACUUGCGCCCGUACUUGUCAAGGACGACCCUCUGGCCGACCUGCAAGGGGCAGAUAUCGACGACGUCAGCUUCGGCGCUUCGUUCGCACGCUUGAACACCUGCAAGAAGCGCGCGGUCGACGUGUUCCCGGAUGUGGUAGACCCCCGGAGAUUCGUAGGUGAGAAAUUGGUGGAGGCGAACACCAAGACGGGUGGAAGGGUGGAUGGCUGGAUCAACAAUGAGCUCAGCGGUGAGGCGAAAGAGUUGCUCAAGAAGUAUAUGAUGGCCACCGGCCGAGUUUAGGCUUAAGCUUUAAGGGAUCAAAAGGGACUGCGAUUUUUCGGUGAUUUUCGUCGGAUUGGUAAUUACUUUCUUAAUGUACUUAGAUCAUGGGCAUGUAAAACCAUUGAUACCAUGUUAUUUGCAGAGUGAUAGGUAGGAGAUGUGCGCGACUAAUCUUGUUUUGCCCAAC